CCUCUCUUGUCUGAGUUGAGCUGCAUAUCUUUUGCGCAUCCACCUCUCUCCUCCAAGAAACGCCCAAACUCUCAAAAUCAGUCGUCAGUCACAUGUCUGCUGCUACUGGUGGACGGCUGUGGUGGGCACUCCUACUGUAUUUUGGAACUCAAAAGCUUGAACGCGCAUAUUCCAACUGCACAGCGCUUUGUCAAGGUGCCCUGAAAGCAGUGGGUACGCACUUACCGAUCUACAGUUUCCGCGGGCCAGCGCUGACAUUCACCAUUCCCCACAGAGGUCCACGAGAUGUCACAACCUACUUCAUUACAUUAGUAGCAAAUUACCUACUGCUGACUUCUUGGCGCCGACAUUUGUGUGCACAUGUGUUCCGUAUGGAACCAUCAGGAUGACUGUUUAGAAUAGUUUGAUCGCAUAUAGAAACGUAGGUUACCAGAACAUCUUCUCGACGAGUCGGUCCGGGACAUCUCUUGCGGCAGUGCGUGUAUGUGCUUGAGACCGAGAAGCACCCGCUCUAGCCCGCAGGAGAUUAUGUGGGGGCGCUUUCUGACCUCUACUGCAUCUUGUCGGUUCUUCUUGUGCAUUUCGCCGCUGAGAGGAUAGCCGUGUCCCGUUGAGGAUGCCUAACAGGAUGUCCAGAUAUUUGGUGGGCCGAGACUGUUUCAGAGGAGAGAGAAGUGGCAUUUAAAGCAUAAUAAUUAAAUUAUGCUGAAGACGCAGUCCUGAAGAUUGAUGGAGGGCCAUGCUAUUCAAACAGCAGGCGUUGCUGAGACAGAAGCUCUUUGUGCUGGGCAGCCUUGCUAUCGGGAGUCUCCUCUAUCUAGUGGCCAGGGUUGGGAGCUUGGAUAGGCUGCAGCCUAUUUGCCCCAUAGAGAGCAGACUGGGCCCUCUUCACCUGCCGGAGCAGAUCCCUCUCCGGACCCUGCAGUAUAAGCGUGGUCUGCUCCACGAGCUCCGCAAGGGCAAUGCCACCAAAGAGCAGAUCCGCCUGCACAACCUGGUGCAGCAGCUGCCCCGGGCCAUCAUUAUCGGGGUGCGCAAGGGAGGGACGCGCGCCCUGCUGGAGAUGCUCAACCUGCACCCGGCGGUGGUCAAGGCCUCGCAGGAGAUCCACUUCUUUGACAACGACCAGAACUACGCCCGGGGCAUCGACUGGUACCGGGAGAAGAUGCCAUUCUCCUUCCCCCAUCAGAUCACCAUUGAGAAGAGCCCCGCCUACUUCAUCACAGAGGAGGUCCCCGAACGCAUCUUCAAGAUGAACUCUUCCAUCAAGCUGUUGAUUAUUGUGCGCGAGCCCACCACCAGAGCUGUGUCCGACUACACACAGGUGCUGGAGGGCAAGGAGCGCAAGAACAAGACCUACCACAAGUUUGAGAAGCUGGCCAUUGACGGAAACACGUGUGAGGUGAACACAAAGUAUAAGGCGGUACGGACCAGCAUUUACACCAAGCACUUGGAGCGCUGGCUGAAGUACUUCCCCGUGGAACAAUUCCACAUUGUGGAUGGGGACCGUCUGAUCACGGACCCGUUGCCAGAGCUGCAGCUCGUCGAGCGCUUCCUCAACCUACCGUCCAGGAUCAGCCACUAUAAUCUGUACUUCAAUGCCACCAGGGGAUUCUACUGCCUGCGAUUUAACAUUGUCUUCAACAAGUGCCUGGCAGGCAGCAAGGGGCGCAUCCACCCUGAGGUGGACCCUUCGGUCGUGGCCAAACUGAGGAAGUUCUUCCACCCCUUCAAUCAGAAGUUUUAUCAGAUCACUGGCAGAACAUUCAACUGGCCCUGAGAAACGAAGGGAAGGUCUAUAUAAAUGUGUUAACUAAUGUUGUUCUGUUGACAUUUUUAAGAUGUCAACCUCAAAAAUAUUAAAGGAUAUUAAAAAGCACUUUGAUUGAAUUUAACACCUAUGAGAAUGACAAUGUGACCAAAUAUGUAACAGAAUCAAUGUAUGUUUGUUUGUAAAUAUGUAAGGGGGGGGGGGCGGAGGAAAAAUGGUUUGUGAGUUACAAAACAAUUCAGUUUAUUGCGCCUGAUCUUCAUGUGUAAUAGUUCACCUGUUUGACACUUUUCCCCAUUUAUAAACUCAUAAUUUUGCCAUCCUCGCUCACAGUUUGACAUUUAUUGGGGUGAGUCUUGUCCUUGAGGCAGAACUGAACGAUUUCCGCUAGAUGGGCCAGUUGCAAAGUCAAAAUUCACUAUAUGGUAAAAAGUAUUUAUUUAAUAUUUAGGAUUAGCAGUGUGGUUAGGGUUAAGGUUAGAUUUAAAAUCUGAUUUUAUGGCUUUGUGGCUGUGCCAACUAGUGACCACUCUGCAGAUCUGCCUCCAGAACAGGUUUCAUGACAAAAAAAACACUGACCCCCGCUCAUCUCUCAGCCAAUAUUGAAUGAAGGGUAUACUCUCAAAUGUGAGAUAGACAUGAGAUUAUUUUAAGAACGGUGUGGCUUUUAAAAGGAGACUUGUCAGUCAUCGACACACAUAUUUUACAGAUUGAAACGCGUUCAUAAACCUAUUUGUGUGAAAAUGUUUCAUAUUAAAACAACCUUGACGAAGACGUAAGCCAACAUGUUCUUACCGUUCUGAAUGUGAUAGUCAUGCAUUUAUUUCCCUCUCAUUUAGAUGUUGUUUCAUAUGUGCAAUGAACAUUGUUUUGUUUUAUGUAUUCCAGUAUCAUUCUUUAAACAUUAUUCCAGUAUCAUUCUUUAAACCUUUAUUUGUUUCUAUGUUGUUUUUAGAUUUAUUCAUGUUCUCCACUACCAUGAAGUGCUUGUAUCUGUAAUAUAACUCAGAAAUCUAGAUUGUCAAGAGGGAAUAGGAGCAUAGCAUUUCUCACCAAAUUCUGACUCAGAUAAAAAAAAGGUCUUGUAUGUCAAGCAUUUAAAUGUUGCAUAAGGGAUUUGAGUGGUAACUUUGUCCCCCCCAGUAUUGAAAUUGUUUGUCAUUGCCCUUGGCCAAAAGCCAUUGUAAAAAGUUAUUUGUUAGUUACUGUCAAACCAUCUAAUGCUUAUUCUACUACAAUUACCAGAUUUGUUUUAUGUGCAAAUAGCCACUCUGUAUCAUAAGUGUAUUGUUCUGUAACAAAAAAAAAGGAUUUCAUUAAAAUAACAUUUAAACAUGUGU